AUGGCCGCGGAUAGCAAGGAUAACGAGAAGGUUGUUUUGUUUUUUGACAUUGACAACACGCUGUACUCAUGUAAGGCUGGUGUAAACGAGCUUAUGGGGAAAUACAUCAAAGACUACAUUGCCAACACGCUGAGCCUCGAUGAUGAGAGUGCCGAUUUCCUGCAUAAAAACUAUUACCGCCAGUUUGGUUUAGCAAUUGAGGGUCUCGUGAGGUUCAACCACAUCGACGCUAUGGAUUACAACCAUAGAGUAGACGAUGCUCUUCCUCUGGACACAAUUCUCAAGCCCGACCCGUUGCUCCGACAGUUGCUUGAGUCGGUUGACAGAUCAAAAGUCAAGAUUUGGCUCUUCACCAAUGCCUACAAAACACAUGGUAACCGUGUUGUGAAAUUGCUCGGUCUGGAUGGCAUUUUCGACGGCCUGACUUACUGCGACUAUGCCGUACGGCCCCUGGUGUGUAAACCCAAAACCGUGAUGUUCAAGAAGGCAAUGGAGCAAGCGGGUGUCUCUGACCCGUCCAAGUGCUACUAUGUCGAUGAUAGCGCUCUUAACUGCGAUGCUGCAGUCAAACUUGGAUGGAAAUAUGCCAUUCACUACACGGAAGGAGUCCCCUCGAACUCGGGCAGGUCACAGAUUGACUCGCUUUGGGAACUCCCCAAGGUUGUGCCUGAGCUAUUUGUUAAGGAUCUUGCAGAUGCCGCAAUUCGAGCAAGAGAAGCAGCGGACGCAGAAAGCAAAAUCACCGACGGUGGCUCCAAUGUGAAUGAAAAAGACGCUGCACGAAACCCAGCCGACGCUCAAGCUGAACUAGUCACUGCUUGA